UGCCAAUAAUGGAUAAAUAGUCGUCCGUUCCCCCUCGCCUCCUCCGUAGAGCUCCGUGUCCGACUCAUCUCCAAUCGCAGGCAGAGAUGCGUAGGAGAACCAGAAGUGCUUCCCAAUGCCUGAGGGCCCGGCCGCGGAUCGACGGCGGAGGAGCGCCGAGGGAGGAGAGGAAGAGGAAGAGGAGAGGAGGCCGGGCAACGGAACGGGGAGCGGAGUCCUGCGGCCGGAAACGGCCGCGAGGUGCCCCCGCGGGGGCGCCGGCGGAGGUCGAGGAUAGGGCGGAUUACUUCGAUGGGCUUCCUGAUGAUCUCGUCGUGUCCGUGCUUUCCAAGCUCAGCUCCUCCGCUCGUCGCCCGUUGGAUCUUAUCAGCGCCAUGUUGACAUGUAAGCGAUUUCAUGGUUUGGGGCACCAUCCGCUGGUAUUGUCCAAGGUCAGCGCAGGAUGCCUCGGCGUUCGUGCGAACACGUGGUCCGAUUCGUCGCAUCGAUUCCUUAAGCGCUGCGCCGAUUGCGGGAACCUGGAAGCGAGCUAUAUGUUGGGAAUGAUUCGAUUCUACGCUCUGGAGAACAGAGGGAGCGGCGCGUCGUUGAUGGCCAGGGCGGCGAUCGGAUCGAACCCGGCAGCACUGUAUUCGUUGUCGGUAAUCCAAUUCAACGGAAGCGGAGGCUCCAAGAAUGACAAGGAUCUCCGAGCCGGCGUUGCGUUGUGCGCCCGUGCAGCGUUCCUCGGCCACGUCGACGCCCUACGAGAGCUCGGCCACUGCCUCCAGGACGGCUAUGGCGUCCGUCGGAACGUCGCCGAGGGCCGCCGCUUCUUGGUCCAGGCCAACGCCCGGGAGCUCGCGGCUGCCAUGACGUCCUGGCCCGCGUGGCAGAAGCAGCCUCGCCAGGCCGCAGCGGCGGCGGGUGCGACGUCACCAGGGUGCUGCCCCCUCCUCAGCGACUACGGUUGGAACGUGCCGGCGCCGGCCCCGCAUCCGGCCAACCGGUUCCUGGUGGAGUGGUUCAGGGAGCGGGGAUGGCCGGCCGCGGCUGCUGCGGAGGGUCUGAGGCUCUGCUCCUACAGCGGCUGCGGCCGUCCGGAGACGCGCCGGCACGAGUUCCGCCGAUGCUCGGUGUGCGGCGUAGUCAAUUACUGCUCCAGGGCGUGCCAGGCUCUGGAUUGGAAGCUUUCCCACAAGUCGGAGUGCGUCCCGACGGAUCUCCAAGCUCUCGACGGCGAUGGCGCCCCCGCCGGAGACGACGUCGCUCCCGCCGUCGACGGCGCCGCAGGCACCGACUGAUGUCAACGGCAGAGUUUCUACCAACUUUGAACUAUUACUGCUCUCUCUUUCCUUUUUUUUUUUUUUUUUCCUUUUUGUCCCCUUUAUUUUUGUCUUGCUGAGCAUAUUGUAAUCUAAAAUAUUUUUGCUGUUCUAAUUCGAAAUUAAACCGAAAAAUCAUUUUAUCUUA